AAAUCUGGAUCUCCCACAAAGUUAUGAGUGAUUCUUCAGAAUCUGAAACAAAUUUAGAAGACAUCAACAUAUGGAAUGUUAAAAAAUUUAAAAAGAAUGGUAAAGAAGAAACAGAUGUUAAUAGUAAAUUAGAAAAAUGUAAUGAAACUUUUCAAACUAGAUUUGAUCAAAUUAAACAAAAACUUGAGAAGCAAAGAGAAAUAGAUUUUAAAUUAGAACAAAGAAGAGAAAAAAGGAAGAAUGAUAGACUUUUGAAAAAAAUUUAUCGUGAUCCUCACUUAAUGAAGGCAAUUGAUGAUGAAAUUAGAGAAGAUACAAAUGAAAAUGAAACAGAUAAUCAAAGUACAUCAGGAGAAUCUUGGUCUGAUAUUAAACCUUAUUUAAAUGUAAAUGGCCAUUUAACAGGACCAGUCUCUCAUGGGAAAUAUGGGCCAAAGACUGAAUUAGAAUCAAUGAUAGAUAAAGCAAUUGAUGAAGGAGAUUUUGAAAAAGCAGAACAACUUAGUGAUCAUCUUUCCAAUAGAGAGUUUGGGACAAAGAUUACACAAGCCUUUGCUGCUAAAAGAUAUGCAGAUAAAAAAACUGAAUAUGAUGCAAUACAGAAAGCUAAAAAGUUGAAGAAACUUAAUUGGGGCUAUUUAAAUGACAAUCCACAGCAGGAUGACAAUACACAAGUGGUCAUCCGGAGUUCUACGCUCACUCCACCUAAUACAGACAAUGACCACAACUUCACCUCCAUCGAGGUUUUUGCUCACUGA